AAUGUCCAAAGGAGCAAUUAAAAUCGGUCCAUAUUCCAGGGAAAGACGUUUAGAAAAUAUGAAACAAUUAGCAGAAUUAAGACAAAUUAAAUUUCAUAUCCCUAAAUUACCUGUUUACUCAGACGCUGAUGAUCUUCUAGUUUUAUGCUCUAUCGCAUUUAAUCACAUGCGAAAUAUUCAAUGGACUUCGGAAAUCGAAAACUUUCAUUCAGGCUUUAAUUUAGCUUUACAAGCACAGGACGCAAGACUAUCUAAUCAUGAUUACAUGGAUAUUCUAGAAGUAACCGGAGUCGAAGCCGAUGAGAGAAAGCAUUCUUCAAUCUUAAUUGAGAAUUUCUUUAAAGUUGCAAUAAAAAAUGUAUUCCCCUUUGCUAGACAACUACCAGGAAUGAUGAAUUUGAGAGAGGCCGAAAUUUUAUUCAAUAUCCUAUCUUCAAUCAAUAUUGUACAUUUAACAUUUGCUGUUCUAGGGGUAUAUACAUGGCAAGGUGAAGAAUUUUUCCUCAACCUUCAAAAUUACCGAUUAGGGUUGGACAGAAAUCAUAUGAUACAAAUAUCCAAUCAAGAAAUAGCCGAUUUCCAUAUAGAAUAUCAUAAACGAUUCCUUAAUUUACAACUCACUUGGGAAGAAACUAUGCUAAUCCUUGCCAUUAAUCUUGUAUCAUCUCAAAAGAAAUGUAAAGAAUCCAUGGCUGCACAUAAUCGUUUAGUUUUGGCAUUUACUCGUUAUAUGCAGAGCACUUAUGGCAAUUCUUUCGUAAUACGUCUCCAAAGCAUCAUUAAUUUUCUCGCUUAUUUUAAGCAAUUUGAUGGACUAGUAAAAAAGUUUUAUGAGCAGAAUAAAAAAUACUUGAAUUACGUUUUUCCAGGCGUUCUAUUGAAGUUUCUUUAUAAUAUUGGUCAAGUGGAGGAGAGUAAAAAUCUUCUAGAUGACCUUCAAAAAUAUGCUCUUCAAUAA